AUGUCGAAACCAACGAACUCGCGGCCACCUUCACGGCUCUACAAACAUGCGACAUGGUCACCCGAUAUGCUUCGAGAAGAAGCAUGGCGGAGACGAAAGCACGAUCACGUGAGCCGCAGUAGCACCCGUCGGCUAACCAAGAGUGUCUCUGAGGAUGAUUUACAAGAACUCAAAGCUUGUUUCGAACUCGGCUUCGGCUUUGAUUCGCCUGAAAGUGGCCCGAAAUUAUCCAAGACUAUACCUGCUUUGGAGCUCUAUCAUGCUGUUAAUAAACAGUUCAAUGAUCAUAGCUUGUCUCGAUCCUCUUCUUCAUCUUCCACUGUCUCUGAUUGCGGCAUUGCGAACACCACCACCAUAUUUAAUCCAGCUGAUGAUUCGCCUGCGAAGAAGAAUCGGUUGAAACAAUGGGCAAAGAUGGUUGCUUGUGUGGUGCGUCAAUCUUCUUCAUCAACCGGUUCGGGUUCGGGUUCGGGUUCGGGUUCGGGUUCGGGUUCAUUUGAGUUAUAA